GGAGGGGGAGGAGGGGGCCGAUUUGGGCCAGGGCUGUUUUCUUUGGCUUCCUUCCCUUGACCGUCCCAAAUUGCAAGUAAACAAUACGUCGGCUUAGAUAAUGCGCGAGUCUGAAACUACCGAGGCCGGCCUGCAAGCUAGCACGGAGGGCAGCCAGCUCCGGGCAGCCAGCUUUGUAGCGGUUCCUGCUUACAAAAGGGUUCUUCUUGGAGACGGGGCUGGUGGGGGCCUUGGCUGGGGGUGGGGAUAUUUUCAGUUCCUAAGGGAGAGGCAGGAGGUGCUUAAAUGAGGGUUGAAGUAUGAGAAGUAGUGUGGGGGAAAUAGUCACGACCCCCCCCACCCCCCAGUAAACACUAUUUUUGAAACAGUGGCAGAAAGGAUCUAAGUGAGCAGGAUUCAGUAUUGCUGGUUCUUUUCAAAAAUUCCUCUUGGCUUAUAAGUCUUUUGUUCCAAUCCAGGAGAAAUCCGGUGAAUCACCUAAUUAAAAUCAAGACAUGAAUUAAGCAUCCAUUUUUGUACUACAAAUUGCCAGCGCUACGUUUGUCCCUCCCCUGGUCUCCAUUAAAAAACACCAGAGACGUUGUUAAAGAGGGGCAGAUUUUGCCUCUAGCUGCCAGUUCUGCUUUCUAUUUCACUGACUAUCCCAGGACCUAAAUUGCUUGGCUAUGUAAUUACUAGAGUAUAAGCCUAUUUAACUUAAAAGCUUUCUUUUUUUUCCAACUCUAAAUGAAACUUGAUGAGGGCCCGUCCUUAGUUAUCAGGGGAGUCAGUUUCUGGUCAGUCCUCUUGAUUCAUCUCUUUUAGAUUUAAUCAGCAUUAAGGUAUUGCUUGUCCUUAAGAGCUUUAGCUAAUGGGGUUACUGGAUGCUUUUCUCAGUGUAAUGUUUCCUUUUCAAAAAAAUAUACAUAUAUAUUUACCUCUCACCAAAGAUGGGGGCGGGGAAGAGCUUGGAAUCUCCUCCCUCCCUCUCCCCUUUUAAAAAGGAAUUCGGAGCGAUUAAAACGUUGGGGGAAACAGUUUAAAGACCUCGGGCAGGAAAUGCAGAUUCAUUUGGGUUAGGGCUGAAAUUGUAACAAAAAGCAAUUCCUCGAGUAAAUGCAUCAGAUAAAUCAAUUUACAUAAAGGUAUGAUGCAUUCGGAUAAAUGCAAUGCUAAUGGGUUUUAGAGUGGUCCUGUUUCCAAAGUCUCAGGGUUUUGUUACAGCUUAAUUGGUGCAGUUCUUAUUCUGGUUUAUUGUGCGGUCACUGGACACACGUUCCGGGACUCUUUCGGAGGAAAUGUGUUUAAAACCGGCCUAUUUAAGGAACCCGAGUCCUUGUUUCGUUCCCUUCCCCUGGUUUUUUUUGCUGCAGCCAAGUUGGGCCGGGGACAGGCAAAGUUCGCCCUCUCCCUUCUGAGGUAUCAGCUGAAUGUCUUGAGCAGAUAGCCGGGAGCCUCGGGGGGAGCCUACACUCUCGGCUUACAGAGGACAAAGACAAAACAGGCUGCUUAAUUGGCAGUAAAUAACUUGAUCUUUUUAUAGAAUAAGUGACUGGAGGAACACUAGGACUUUAUUGGACUCAGGAUUGGAGGCAACAAAUUAAUCGGUUUAGGCUAAGCUUUAUAAAUUGAUUACUAUAUUAUACCCCAGUUGCUUCUUUCGACAUUCAUUAGAAAGAGUGGGGAAUUUUUAAAAGCAGUUUUUGGUGACAGCAGGACUGGUUCGAAUAUAACUUGGGCAUCCUUUAAUAGUGCCUUCUCGCAUAUUAUCUGUAACCCCCCUCCCCCUUCGGAGGAACAAAGCUCUAGCAUUUAAAUUGCUGAUCAAGGGCAGAUUAGUGAGACCAAAGUGGAGAGUGUUUGUAUAGGAAGUUAACAGGCAUCCUAAAGUUCAAUGAUCUAUUAUUCUUGCCUGUGUCCUGAAAACCCAGAGAAAACACUCAUUGAUCUUCAAAAUGAAAUGAGAUUUAGAACAAUAAUGGGAGAUGGCGGUCACCACAAUGGCAUGUGAAAGGUGCUGUUUAAAAUACGAAAAACCAGUUUCGCAACUUUACACACCGCACCCCCUCCCUCGCGUCCCCUCGCCUCCCCUCCCACCACCGCGCUCUCCCUCGCCCCUCCGCCGGUUCCUCCCUCCCUCCCUUUCAGAAAACCGAACUAUUUCCAACUUGUGAACUGCAGCUGCACUUCCCAGGGCAGAGCUCGGGAGGGAACGUGGCUCCGGCGGGGGCCGCCUCCCCGCUCCCCUCGGCUAGCUCUCGGGGCUCGGCGGGGGCCGGGGAGGGGCCGGGCGCGGCGGUGGGUGGGUUUGACCCUCAUUUGCUGGAGGCGGGCGGCGAAGGAGGGAGGAGGGGGCAGUGGGCGGAGGCGGGGGCUGGGAGGAGGCGCCGCGAGGGGUGGAGCGCGCCGCCGAGCCUCGCUCUCGGAGUUUUGACAGUACCCAAGCUGAAAUUGUCAGCGGCGGCGAGCGCUGGAAAGUUGAGAGGAGCUCGUGGCCCCAGAACAAAGCUUGAGAAAAACCAUGGUGAAUCCGGGCAGCAGCUCACAGCCGCCCCCCGUGACGGCCGGCUCCCUCUCCUGGAAGCGGUGCGCAGGCUGCGGGGGCAAGAUUGCGGACCGCUUUCUGCUCUAUGCCAUGGACAGCUACUGGCACAGCCGGUGCCUCAAGUGCUCCUGCUGCCAGGCGCAGCUGGGCGACAUCGGCACGUCCUGUUACACCAAGAGCGGCAUGAUCCUUUGCAGAAAUGACUACAUUAGGUUAUUUGGGAAUAGCGGUGCUUGCAGUGCUUGUGGACAGUCGAUCCCUGCGAGCGAACUCGUCAUGAGGGCCCAAGGCAAUGUGUAUCAUCUUAAGUGUUUUACAUGCUCUACCUGCCGGAAUCGCCUGGUCCCGGGAGAUCGGUUUCACUACAUCAAUGGCAGUUUAUUUUGUGAACAUGAUAGACCCACAGCUCUCAUCAAUGGCCAUUUGAAUUCACUUCAGAGCAAUCCACUACUGCCAGACCAGAAGGUCUGCUAAAAGGUCAGAGUAAUGCAGAAUGCGUGCCUUCAUCUCAGAUUUCGUUCAUCACAGGUGGAUCCCAUGCGUCUUCAGUAGACAAGUCACCUUUGUAGCUAGCCACCAGUGCCAGCUCUGUGCAUUGCACCUUCUUUAGUCUUGAUUGCCCUUCCCGCAUUUAUUGGUGUAUUAAAAUGACUGAAUAUGAACAUUAAGGACUCCAUGAACCUGGGCUAAUGGGAGACUGUAGAGAAAAUGAAAAAAGAUCCACCGGAGGACAUCUUUGGGGGGGGAGGGAGCUGGGGAGGAGGGAAAUGACUAAUGAAGCUAAUUAAAAGAAGCAUUCAAAUCUGCUUUCUACCCUCAUUAACAAUUAGCAGGGCACUGGCCAGAGUUUGUACCCUGUGUUUUACCUUAACAACAUUCUAUUUGCUCUUUGUAUAUUUAAGUGUUGUAAGGAAAUGUGUUUCAAUCAAAACUGAACAUGAGAUAAAAGGAAAGAGAUGUGGCUUUUGUGAUAUUCUAUCACAAACACUUUUAUUGUAUCUCUGUAAAAUACAAUGUAUGUAUGCAUGUAAGUGUUCUUCGUCCUGAUGUUGCUACUUCCAUGGCAAAGGAAAAAAAAAAAAAAGAACGAAAAAAAAGAAAAAAAAUUGGAAAAAAAAUCAGGCUCAUAGCAGCUACUGUGUAGAAAUUUCCCCCUACUUCUAAUUUGCUGAAUGAAGAAAAAAAUCUUUUAUUUGUGAUAUUUUCAGAGACAUUUGCUCUAGUAUGGUGUAUUUAAAUAAUAAAAACUUAAAAGAAAAAA